UGUAAAGCGAAGUGGCUGGAGGUGGCUGUUUACCGUCCGAAGAAGCGGCUCUUUGAAAGAGGAACAAUAAAACGAGGAGCUGCUAGUCACAGUAACCUGUACAAAAUGAAGAAGUAUGUGGCUGUCCAGCAGCACCUGAAGAUGGACAUUUAACGUGAAUGAUGAACUUCAAAAAUGAUGACCAGUGAUAUGUGCUGUGCUGCACAGACUGGCGUUGCUGCGUCAGAUUUACUGAGCCACUUGAUGGUGGCCAUUUUGAAUGGGUGCAGUGGUGUGUAGUUUUAGCUUUUAAUUUGCUAGCACACUCAAAGAACUAGAGGAGCAGAAUACAGACUUGUGUAGCAAUUAGCUACUCAACAGACAGCCAGUAACUAACUGCAGUAAAAUACUGAGAACGAUAUAUGUUCAGUGUAACUGGCUAGAGUAUUUAAUAUAAAGCAGGCUGUCGUAGAUCCAAGUGCAGUAGUAGCAGUAAAAGAAAAGUGCUUCUGUCAAGCUAAAGUACACCCACAAAAAAAGCUGUGAGACUGCACACGUCUCAUAGGAGAACACCUGCCACAUUUUUUGGGUGCAAAGGCAGCAACUUUAAAAGCCAAUGGAUCAGGUGUUUCUCUGCUGACUCUCUCUGUGACAGAGGAACAAAAAGUAAGGUGGGCAUCUCACAGUACCCAGCAUUUGCUUUUCCAUGCAUACCAUGGAGAACAAAAUAAAUGUAGACAUUAAGAAAGAAGACUGUGAAUGGGAGUCUGUGCAACAUCGGCUGAAGGUUGAUGGAAUUAAGAAAGAGGAGGAUUGCGAAUGGGAAAAUAAAGUCAUUAAAGAAGAGCCUGAGCCAACCUUUACUACCACAGAGUUGGAAAAAAGUGAAAUAGCAAAUUCAGGGCAGGAAGCUGGUCUUAAAUCAGAGUCUGACUCUCAGCAUGUGUGUCCAGAAGAAGUAGUCACUGGAACAAGCCUCAAAAAAAGUAGAACUGGCUCACUCCAGAAUCCUUCUUCCCAGGUGAAGACUGAAUUUUCAGAUUCGGACGUGAAAAAGACUGAAGAAGCAUCCUGUUCAAGCUGUUCAGGAGAAGAUUUUCAAGAAAGUGGCACUUUGACUCCAACUUCAGACUCUCUUCACUGUCGGCCACAUCAAAAUGAAAAUCUGGAAAAACUGACAUCUGGGUCAGAUAUUUUGGUACAAACCUCCUCAUUUAGUCCUUUGUCUGUUGAGAAAUUAACAGAUGUAGAUGCAAUCACCCCUCAACGAUGGGGACAAUCAGCUUUGUCUUCUAAACAAGCAUCUAAAACAAAAAAUAAGGGGAGACGUACAAGACAGAAAGCGUAUUGCACGGAAUGUGGAAAACUUUUCUCUAGUAAGAGUAACCUUCAAGUGCACAAAAAAGUUCACACGGGGGAGAAGCCAUAUUGCUGUUCUGAAUGUGGCAAACGGUACACUGACAAACGCAAUCUUCAGAUCCACACAAGACGUCACACUGGAGAGAAGCCAUAUUCCUGUAGUGAAUGUGGCAAACGAUACCCCGACAAAAGCUAUCUGCAGACUCAUAUGAGAAUUCACAAUGGCGAGAAGCCACAUUGCUGUUCCGAAUGUGGCAAGCGCUUCUUAAAAUUAAACACUCUUGAGACUCACAUGAGAAUUCACACAGGGGAGAAGCCAUUUUGCUGUUCUGAUUGUGGCAAACAUUUUUCUGACAAACGCAAUCUUCAGAUCCACACUAGAAUUCACACUGGAGAGAAGCCAUAUUCCUGUUCUGACUGUGACAAGCGUUUCAACAACACAAGUAGUCUGUGGAAACACCGAAAAAUUCACACUGGAGAGAAGCCAUAUGCCUGUUCUGAAUGCGACAAACGAUUCUCACAAAUAGGCAACCUUCAGAGCCACGCAACAAUUCACACUGGAGAAAAGCCGUACUGCUGUUCUGAAUGUGGCAAACGGUUCUCAGAAAAACGCAAGCUCAAGGUACAUGCAAAAAUUCACAGUGAAGAGAAACCAUUUUCUUGUUCAGAAUGUGGCAAACGAUUCUGUGACAAACAGCAUCUUCAGGCUCACACAAGAAUUCAUUCAGGAACAAAGCCAUACAGUUGUGUUGAAUGUGGCAAACGAUUCUCUACCAAUACUCAGCUUCAGACUCACAUGAGAGUACACACUGGAGAGAAGCCAUAUAGCUGUUUGGAAUGUGGCAGACAGUUCUCAGCAAAGAGUAAGCUUCAGAUCCACACAAGAGUUCAUACUGGAGAGAAGCCAUAUUGCUGUUUUGAAUGUGGCAAGCAAUUCUCACAAAUAAACGCUCUUCACAUCCACGCUAGAAUUCACACUGGAGAGAGGCCAUAUUCCUGUUUGGAAUGUGGAAAAAAAUUUGCACAAAUAAGCAAUCUUCAUGUCCACACUAGAAUUCACACUGGCGAGAAACCAUAUUGUUGUUCUGAUUGUGGGAAAGGUUUCACGGAUAAACGUGGUCUGCAGAUCCACACACGAAGUCACACAGGAGAGAAACCAUAUUGCUGCUCUGAAUGUGGCAAACGAUACUCUGAUAAACGCGAUCUACAGGCCCACACAAGAAUUCACACUGGAGAGAAGCCAUUUUGCUGUUCUGAAUGUAGCAAACAAUUCUCUGACAAACGCAAUCUGGAGAUCCAUGUUAGAAUUCACUCUGGAGAGAAGCCAUAUUCCUGCUCUGACUGUAGCAAGGGCUUCUUCAACCUUAGCAGUCUUUGCAGACACAAAAGAAUUCACACCGGAGAGAACAAACAAAGGCCUGUCACAAAGUCCCCCAGCUUGGGCCCAGACAGUAACACUGCAAUUGGCUAGACAGUGGAAAGGGGAGUUCAAAAUACUUUCACCAACUGACAGUAUCACAGUGGAAAUUAUGUUUACCACCUGUUUCAGUUGCAUGUCGAUUUACAGUUAACACAUACUGUAGAUGGCUUAGCAGAGAUGAACCUGGAAGAGGGAAGAACACCUAACCAGGGCCACACUGGGUAGUUGGCUGUGCACUAGCUGGUUCAAGGUAACACAAGAAAACAAAGGGCUGAACUAACAGAUACUAGGGAUGCUCCGAUCAGGUUUUUUAAGGCCGAUACCAAUCACUGAUUACAUGAUAUCUGACUGGCCGAUUCCGAUACCCACACACACACACACUUUAUCGCUUAUAAAAACGUUUAAACUAAGCUCCUGCAUAACCAGAUGCAUAGAAGCCUUAUGUCCUGUAUUAAAGUGGAUUUUUAUAAUGAAACUAUAGAGUACAGGUAUUAACUGUUCAUUUUUUAUUAA